AUGGGCUAUGCUUUGUUGUGCGAUAGUGUUCUUUACUACGAGGCUUGGCAAUGGCCUGGUUGGCGGGAUCUCACGGGCAUGGAUUCACCGCCACACGAGCUUGAAGCGGCCGCCCGACACAGCGCUGGCAUCUCGUGGAGCAAGAAGGAGAUGAACGAAUUCGAGCAGUACUAUACGUUUGUAAGGGGGGCCGCAACCAGCGGCGACCUAAAGGAUAAGAUAAUGGAUGGUAAGAAGCUCGCGCCCACCGUUAACCAAGGUAGGAAGUUGUGGCAGGAUCUGUGGGCGCGGCUGCUGCGGAAGAGUGGACUCAACCGAAAGAUCGACGACCUGAUGCAGCAGCACCAUUGCGAUUAUCGGUCCGUCUCUGUCGCCUUCAAGACGCGUGAGCUCCCGGGCGGCCAUGCGGACUGGACGUCGCCAUACCUGCCGGAACUCGGCGCUGGUUUACUGGGUGGUGAGGUCCUGGUAGACCAUCGCUUGAUGAACACGACCGCAAGACUGUUGAUGAAAGAGGUCUUGUACUUCGCGUGGGAGCGUCAGACCAGGAGGGCCAAGAUCUGGGUCAAGAAUUAUGGCGGCAAGAAGACUGCGGUGGACGACGCCUGGGACGCCUUCAAAGGUGGCAAGAAGAAAGGUCGCGCACUCCUAACUCUCAUGCAGAAGCUAAAGGACUUCCACGACCACGCGCAAUACAUGAACGACCCCGAGGCAGAGCAGGACGUGGAAGAACGUCUAAAGCACCUUGAGAGUGUUUUGGGCGAGGCCGGCAAAGAGCUGCGGCCUGGCGCCAAAAACAGCGCGAAGUUGUCGGCGGCCGACCGCAAGAGGAUGCUUUCGCUCGUCACCGAGCAGGAGCUCGAAGAGGUUUACAGACAGUACGUCGAGCUCUUCGUGGAAGGCCCCAUGAGGGCCGAUGCGACUGACGAUGCCGCGGUCGAUGUACUUGGCGCUGGGGACAACAUGACCGACGACCUGGGAACCGACCUCGGCGUCGAGCCCGAGAGCAAGAUGACGCGACAGGCGCUCAUGGAGAGCAUGGGGGUAAAGGGCGAGGUUUUUCCACUUAUGAACGAGGCGAGACACAAGAAGGCAUUCCUGGUGUGGACGGAGGGCAAGACUCCGGAGGAGGUCCGCGCCAUGCAGCGAGAAAUGGGGAAGAAGCGCGACAAGCUGACCGAGUCCGACGAGUGGGCACCGCUCACCCUUAGAUGGCAUCAGGUCGCCGGGAUUCGCGCGACGUUGCGGAUGAUGGCGCAGGGCUCCUCUGGCGUCCUCAUCGCGGAUGAGGUCGGGUUGGGCAAGACUGCGCAAGCACUCGGACUGAUCGGCAUGAUCAGCCACUACAUCGACGCGCAGGAGCGAGGGAAACCGGUGGAGGUCUCGCCGCAGUUGAGGCUGCCUGAGGGCCGAAAGCUCGUCAGCGCGCCCCACGUCAUCAUCUCCUCCGCCACAUUGAUGCCCAACUGGCUCACCGAAGCGCGGACGUGGCUCAAGGGGUUUGAAUUUUUCGAAUACACCGGGCAGCUGAAGUCGCGGCGGAAUUUCUUCGGGCCCAACAGUGCAUGGGCUAAGGCAAAAAGCCCCAUGCAUAUGCGAAUCAUCUUCGCCACAACUCCGUCCGACGCACUGUGCCCCGCGGACAUUGGUCUUCAGCUCUGGGCAGAGGGGCAGCACAGUGCGCUGUCGGACCCAGUCCGACACCGGUGGGACGUGCACCAGGCUAACAAAGGCGCCUCUUUGCAGGCCGUGACGAACGACAGCGCCAACUACUUCGGGAGUCGCCCUGCACAGAACUCCGUGUCAGAACGUCUUCCUCUCAAGAAGGGUGUAUCAAAGGAGGUCAAAGAGUCGAUGCAUCUGCUGAACUCCCUGGUGGCCAUCGGCCUCCUCAUCCUGGACGAGUCGCACGAGGUAAGGACGGGCAAAAAUGUUUUCAGCGCGAUGUUGUGGCUCGCCUGGAUCGCUCUUCUGACGGUGGGGCAAUCGGCUACCCCAAUCUACACGCAUCCGAAGGAUAUGGUCUACGCUGGCCGGGCGCUAGGCAUUAAGGGGUGCAUGGGCGAGGCGGUCGAUGCAUUCGAGCGCGAGCUCGUGAGGAAGCUGGCACGCGCGAGACGGCAAGAGAAGACGAAGCUCGGGAAUGAACCUCUCGGCGCCGCAUUCGAUUCCGCCAGCACGGCGACGCGCGAAAUCUACAUACGGGGCAUCAGGGACAUCAAGACGAAGUUCGGCGACUGCAUCAUUCGCCGCACGAACCAAUCCAAAGACAACAACGGGAAGGUGCUCGGCGGACUGAAGGACUACAUCCGAGUAGCGGCCUAUCUCAAGCUCGAGGACUGGGAGUUAAAAAUUGUCAACACGCUCGAGAAGGCUGAUCACCAGGCGAGCGUGUCCAGCUUGUACUUCGAUACACGGAAAUUCUACAUUCGCACGCGGCAAGGCACCAAUCAGCCUGCGCUCGUGGGGUACAAAGAGGGCUCUCUUGCUGACCCCCCGAAGCAAAUCGAUUCUGAGGAGAUUUACGACGAGGUCGCGUCGACGAAGACGAAGACAAUGAUCGAGCUGGUGAGGUACCAUUUGCAGCAGCCUUCGGCUGCGCCUGCGGUGUUCGAUGAAGACGGCAACAUGGCCUUUCCUCAAGGCAGCGUGCCAAAUGACGGUGGGGGCCCGACAAAGAUCGUUGUCUACACUGAUUUCCCGAGCCUGUUGGGUCCGCUCACUGAGUCGCUCGAUGUGCACAAUAUUCGCUACUUUGUUAUUCACGGGGGGGUCCUUCCCCCGGCGCGUGCAAAGGUGGUGCAAGACUACGAGAGCUGCGACGUGCCCUGCGUCCUGCUGUUGAGCAGGGUCGGGCUCACGGGCAUCAACCUCGCCUGCGCUCAUGUGUUGAUCAUCAUGGACCCGCUAUUCUCCGAGCAAGACAAACGGCAGCUCAUUGGGAGAAUAUGGCGAUUCCCGCAGAGCCUGGUCUGCGUCAUCUACGACUUCAUCGCGCUGGCCACAACCGAUGUCCCCCUGAGCGGCAUCGCGCGCAAGAAAGAAGAGAUGCUCCAGGUGUUUGCCAAAAGAUCGGAGUACGCGGACGAGUUGUUGGCUGCAUUACGCGGCGACGAUAUAGACGACGACGUUAAUUACGAGCCGGACGUCGAGGAGGACGAGGAUGAGGCGCCUCCUGGCAAAGCUAAGACCCGCGGAACGAGAAAACCAGCAGCGACGAAGGUUGGUGCCGCGUCGUCUUCGAGGAAGGACACGGCGACGAAGGGUGAUGCCGCAUCGUCUUCGACGAAGGACGCGACGACGACCACGAAGAAACAGCGCAUGAAGUCCAAGCCGACGGAGAAGGACAAGAAGUCCAAGGCGACGGAGAAGGACACAGAGGGCACGAUUGAAGUGUCGUCGGACGAUGACACUGCAGCGACGACGACCACGAAGAAACAGCGCAUGAAGUCCAAGCCGACGGAGAAGGACAAGAAGUCCAAGGCGACGGAGAAGGACACAGAGGGCACGAUUGAAGUGUCGUCGGACGAUGACACUGCACCCAAGUCCAAGCCGACGGAGAAGGGCAAACAGGUCCUAAAGAACGUACAGUCCGACGACCACGCGCCUCCCAAGUCGAACCCGACGCAGAAGGGCAAAGAGCGGGCACCGCCUGCACCGUCGCACGUCGGCGCGGCUUCUGAUCCGGCUUCCCUCCCCGCAACGCCUCGUGCGCCUCGUCCCAAGCCCCGGCCACCCAUGCCCGCUGUCAACGCCGAGCAGACCGAGCAGCCAUUGCGCCAGGAGGAUCGGACCCAGUCCGAGGGUGGCGAGGGCAGCAAAGAGCCGCGCGCCCAAGAAUCCGAGGAGGGCGGCAGUCGGACCCAGUCCGACACGCCAGGCCCUACCACUGCGGCGUCCACCACGACGCGGUCAACGCGCCAAGUGUUGGAAGAUCUCGGGUUCGUCUGGGACGACAUUCGCGAGGUGAGCCCGGAACGUUGGUCGCCACACCUCCAUCCAGCGCAGCUGGGUUCGUGGUUCCCAUUCGAGGCAGCGAGGCCGCGCGGCGGUGUCAGCUUCGAGCAAAUGAUGGCCGACCGAAGGUUCUACGACUGGAAUAAUGUUCCGGAUUUCGACGCCGCGAUAUUUGGACCCUUCGACCGCAUCGCAGUCCAUGCCCCCGGUGACCCAUGCCACGAACUCAUCGGGCAGCUCCUGCAAUCAGGAUGGCCGAAUCCGCCGUCGUGGCGCCGCGGGCGAAACGCCCAAUUAACGGUGCCCAAAAACGUGCUCUGUAAUACGCCUGCGGCGUCGUGGCUUGCGCCUCACCCCGCGCAGAUCUCGUACUGGUAUCCACUGCCAGGGCUAAAGCAGGCGAGACCCAACCUCAAGCCCGAAAAUUACGACCCCAACGUUCACUACUCGUAUCAGACGUGGGUUCCAUUCGAUGCAAAUCGCUAUGGCCCCUACGACCGUGUGCUGCAGGCCCGUGAGGACGACCCUAGUCUGACAGGCCUCCACUUGUUCCUGGCCGGCGGCUUCCCUGCUGUGCCAAGCCACCGGCAUGGAAACGCGGCCAGGCAGCGCCCCACGCCGCGACAGUCGGCCUGGUUUGUGAAAUGGGACGGUUCGCCGCAGGGCUUGGGCGCACCAGCACCAGCUCGGACCGAGUCCGACACUCCGUCGACAUCAUCUGGCACACCGCGCGAACCUGCACUGCAGAAAUCUGGUCUGGCCCACUCACUCGCUCAGAUGACGGUAGACGACCAGCUAGCGAAGCAGGUGGUACCGGCGAGCUCUAAGGGGCCCGGCGCUGACACUAGGAGCGACUCGUCGAUGGAGUUCAGCUCAGAUGCUGAGCAGCCCGGGGCUGGAUCUCCGAAUGAGAAGUCCCCGCCGAGGAAGAAGCAGAAGACUUAG